GAAACCGCUCUUUCCGGUUAAGGCUGGCCGGCCGAUCCCGCUAUUCCUUUAUCGACCGCGGCGGUGACGUGCUGACUGAUUGACCGAUGAAUGCAGCGUGACAGGUGUCAACACUUCACACCACUCCAAUACGCAGUUACAGUGGCCGUCUUGGACCUCACAAACCACCUGACAACAUCAUCACCUGCAGUAUCUCCCUCGCCAUAAAUGUUCGCCCUCGCCUCCACCUGCGCAGCCUAGCUACUCCCUUCGAAACCGCCUCCGCCUCCUCGCGUCCCUACCUACGCAUAUCUCGUAACACCGAUCGCAAACCAUGGCGGAGAUCAUGGGGGUUGGAGGAGACGGCGCGCUGGCCGGUCUGCCAAUCGAACAGUGGUGGCACGAAAUGCCGCCGUGCACAAGAUGGUGGACAACGGCGACGGUGGUGACGGGCGUGCUCGUGCAAUGCCACGUCCUCACCCCCUUCCAGCUCUUCUACACCUUUCGUGCAGUCUUUCACCGACAACAGUACUGGCGCCUCAUCUCCUCCUUCAUCUACUUCGGCCCCCUCUCCCUCAACCUCCUCUUCCACAUCUUCUUCAUCCAGCGCUACGCCCGCAUGCUCGAGGAAUCCGCCGCCUCCAUCGCCCACUUCAUCUGGCUCCUCGCCUACGCCUCCAUCACCCUGCUCGUCAUCGCGCCUCUGUCCAACCAGCCAUUCCUCGGCACCACCCUCAGCUCCACCCUCGUGUACAUUUGGAGUCGAAGGAAUCCGGACGUGAGGCUGAGCUUCCUGGGUCUGCUCACGUUCCGCGCACCCUGGCUGCCGUGGGUGCUGAUUGCAUUCAAUGUCAUUCUGCACGCGCAUUGGCCCAAGGAUGAGAUUUGCGGGAUUAUUGUUGGGCAUGUAUGGUACUUUUUCAACGACAUCUACCCCUCGACCCACAACGGCGCAAGACCGAUGGAUCCGCCGCAGUGGUGGAUUCGACUCUUCGACCGAGCGGCCUUAGCCCCAGCCCCAGAAACCGACGUCCACGCCGCGGUGGUGAAUCGCGAUUUUGCGCAGCCUGCGGUCGCGGACGUGCGAUGACGUGGGUUUGCGAUAUGACAUUUGUACGACUUAGACGACGUUCAUAGGGUCCCAACUGGACCUAACAUUCUGUG